AUGCCUCAGAAGAGCAAAAAAGACAAGGACGUCACUAAGUCUGGAAAGUCUAAAAAGUCUGCUAAUGAAAAUGGGCCUGGAGGUGACGAAGAUGCCUCCAAUAAGAAAGUACCUCCUGCCACUCAGCUGAUGAGGAUAAAGCAGCCGGGGUCACACUCAGCUGUGAGGAAGGAGAAGCGGUUCAGUUCUUCAUGUUUUGCCCUGAGCGCUAACCGAGAGCUGCACAGAUUGGCCCCACUCGCAGACGUCGCACCCGCCGAGCAGGAGAAGCUCUUCAUUCAGAAGCUGCGACAGUGCUGCGUCCUCUUCGACUUCCUUUCAGACCCGCUCAGCGACCUGAAAUGGAAGGAGGUGAAGCGGGCGGCCCUGAGCGAGAUGGUGGAAUACAUCACCCACAACAGGAAUGUCAUCACAGAGCCCAUCUACCCAGAGGUGGUUCACAUGUUUUCAGUGAACAUGUUUAGAACACUGCCUCCAUCGUCCAACCCCACGGGAGCUGAAUUCGAUCCCGAGGAGGAUGAGCCGACACUUGAAGCGGCAUGGCCACACCUCCAGCUCGUCUAUGAAUUUUUUCUUAGGUUUUUAGAAUCACCCGACUUUCAGCCCAACAUAGCGAAGAAAUACAUCGACCAGAAAUUUGUUAUGCAGCUUUUAGAACUAUUUGACAGUGAAGAUCCCAGAGAGCGAGACUUCCUUAAAACGACUCUUCACAGGAUCUACGGGAAGUUCCUAGGCCUGAGAGCUUACAUCAGAAAACAGAUCAAUAAUAUUUUCUAUAGGUUUAUCUAUGAGACGGAGCAUCACAAUGGUAUUGCUGAACUACUGGAAAUACUUGGAAGCAUUAUCAAUGGAUUUGCCUUACCUCUAAAAGAAGAGCACAAGAUUUUUCUGUUGAAGGUUUUAUUACCUCUACACAAAGUGAAAUCACUCAGUGUCUACCAUCCACAGUUGGCCUACUGUGUGGUGCAGUUUUUAGAAAAAGACAGCACUCUAACUGAGCCAGUGGUAAUGGCUCUCCUAAAGUACUGGCCAAAGACCCACAGUCCCAAGGAAGUGAUGUUCCUCAAUGAGUUAGAGGAGAUUCUGGACGUCAUCGAACCAUCUGAAUUCGUGAAAGUGCAGGAACCUCUCUUCCGGCAGCUCGCUAAAUGCGUGUCCAGUCCGCAUUUCCAGGUGGCAGAGCGGGCGCUGUACUACUGGAAUAACGAGUACAUCAUGAGUCUGAUCAGCGACAACGCGGCCAAGAUUCUCCCAAUUAUGUUCCCCGCUCUGUACCGAAACUCCAAAACCCACUGGAACAAAACCAUCCACGGCCUCAUUUAUAACGCUCUAAAGCUGUUCAUGGAGAUGAAUCAGAAGCUCUUUGACGACUGCACUCAGCAGUUCCGGGCCGAGAAAAACAAGGAGAAGGCCAAGUCGAAGGAGCGUGAAGAAGCUUGGAUCAAGAUCGAGAACCUCGCCAAGUCCAAUCCACAGUUCUCUGUGCUUGUUGAUCCCUCUGACUUCAAUUGUCCGGUAGCAAUGGAGACGGACGUUCCUUUGAUAGAAGAUGUUCAGAGGUUAAAAAAGACAGUUGAGGAAGGCGCAACUCAGCUGCAGCACGGCCAGUGGAAGGACCGGCCUAUGAUGCGGCGCAAAUCUGAGUUGCCUCAGGACAUCUACACCACAAAAGCCUUGGAGACCCACCGCAGAGCUGAAGACAUGUUGACAACCCGUGACGGACUCUAG